CGGACGUAACCUUGGAUGUUAUGCUUUUCAUCGUUUCCUUAAUAUUGCUUUUGCUUCUCAUGGGUUUUCUGAAAUGGUUUAUGGGCUUGUACAUUCCGGGGAUGGGUCGUUGGGGUUUAGAUUCGUUGCUGGAAACCAGCACAAUGUCGAGGUACCUUGAACGAGACUUAAGAUAUUAUAAUCGAGUGGUGAGGGAUGAGCACGGUGCACCGGUGCAUCCGGAAACGCGAAGGAGAACCGUCAGGAUAUGCAGCAGGAAAAUGGAAUUUUUACUAAACGCGAUGUUCUUCCUGAUUUUUCCCUUCGCGGUUUGCUGCUAUCGUCUCAAGAGAUUUUUUCGACUCGACCGAAGACGCUGUUGCUCGAGCGAAUCUAAAAUCAGUUUGGCGAGCGACAAGAGCGAACAUACGAAAACGAUCUGCGUGAACACUUAUGGCGAUAGUCGCGAUUCGCAAAUGGAAGCCGAGGACAUCGAGUACGUGAUGAACGAAUUGAACAAGUCUGAGGAAUCGUUACGUAAUCAUAGUAGAAAUAAGAGAAAUCGCUGCAUAAAAGAAUAUCGAUCGUGUCAUUAACACCAUUUGAGAAAUAAGUUUGACGUGAAUUGUCAUAGGAAUUUUCAGCUUGCAAGA